GGCGGGGAGUUGAGAAAUCGUUUUAAAUACUCAGCCCAGCCAGGGUUGCUCACCCCAGGCCCGAUGAGGCUGGGUUUACACUGCCGCCAAGGACUGGAAGACGCUUCGCGGGGCCGGACCUCAAACAGAACUGCCCUCAGGUCAGCUGGCCGUGAGCCUCGGCCCCGCCUCCCUGCUCCGUCCGUGCUGAGCCACCUCGGACCUGGGAGUGGGGUGCCAGCACCAUGGGGACGCCCAACGACCAGGCGGUGCUGCAGGCCAUCUUCAACCCUGACACCCCAUUCGGAGACCUUGUUGGGUUGGAUGUGGGAGAGGCAGUGGAGGACGAAGUAGACGAAGACGGAGUUUUCCCUCCUGCACAGCUGGAGCAGUCCAAGGCCCUGGAGCUGCAGGGGGUGAUGGCAGCCGAGGCCAGCGACCUCGACACGGCCCUGGAGAGGUUUGGCCAAGCCAUCAGCCUGCUGCCCGAGCGGGCCUCGGCCUACAACAACCGAGCCCAGGCCCGCCGACUCCAAGGAGAUGUGGCAGGCGCCCUGGAGGACCUGGAACGCGCCGUGGCGCUGAGCGGCGGCCGGGGUCGCGCCGCCCGCCAGGGCUUCGUGCAGCGCGGGCUCCUGCCUGGGGCCGGGGCCUGA